UGCAAGUCCUUCCGCACAACAUGGUGUGGGGUUGCGGGGGUGUGGACGCGCCCAGCUGUGUCCCCGAGAGGGAAUGGUUGUAGUUUCAAGGACCGGUGCGUGUCCAUCCUGUGCUGCAAAUUCUGUAAACAAGUGCUCAGCUCUAGGGGGAUGAAGGCUGUGUUGCUGGCUGAUACUGAAAUAGACCUUUUCUCCACAGACAUCCCUCCUACCAACACAGUGGACUUAAUUGGAAGAUGCUAUUUCACUGAAAUCUGCGAAUGUAAACUGAAGGACAUCGCGUGUUUAAAAUGUGGGAACAUUGUAGGUUAUCACGUAAUUGUUCCAUGUUGUUCCUGCCUUCUUUCCUGUAACAAUGGACACUUCUGGAUGUUUCACAGCCAAGCAGUUUAUGGUAUUAACAGACUAGACUCUACUGGUGUUAACUUCCUACUUUGGGGCAACUUGCCAGAGAUAGAAGAGAGUGCAGAUGAAGAUGGGUCGGAUAUCUCAGUAGAAGAAUGUAUUAGAUGAAUAUAAAAUUAUGAUAGAUAUAAUACUCAAACUUUUUCUGAUUCAAAAUGUAUAUUGAUGGAUCAACUUUAAAAUUAUUAGUAAGAAUUUACCAGUGAUUUCUUUUUUUGGAAACAAAAAUGGGGCAUUUUUUUAUUUAUUUAUUUGUUGUCUUAAAUUAACUGAGUGUACUGUAAUUUGAGCCAAUGUAGUUGUUUUCUUCUACUUCUACUUCUUCCUCUUCCUCUCUCUUUCCCUCUGCCUCAUACAGAUGUAUUCUCAAAUUCAGAUAGAAGAAGAUUCUUUCAUGUGUCACUCAGCUACCUACCUCCCAAUCUGAGAAGUUUUUCUUACAAUUAGGUGUCAGAUACCAUUAUUUUACAUUUUUGAAAAGGGGCGUUAGUACCCACACAUAUAUCAACAGUGCAUAUAUACAUGCAUGAAUCCAUGCAUACAUAUGGGAAGCUCGACUUGGAAUUGAAGUUUAACAGGGAAUCUUUAAAAACAGGCUGUUAGGUUUCCAUGGGUACUGGUUUUCAUGUUAUAUUGGUGGUAACUAUAAUAUGGAGCAAGGCUGUGAAUCAGCAAAUAGAAUAAAUUUUAAAAUGUAUGACAUUCUCUUGAUUCCUCAACAUGAUGUUAGAUAAAUGAAUUUGUCAGAAAAUUAUCAAUAUAUACUGUUUACCAAUAUUAUUCAUUUAUAGUCUUUUAACAUCAUACGGAUAUUGUAUUAUGAAAGCCAGAUAAACUGAACUUUAAGUCAUCCCAUUCGCUAGGGCUUUCUCCGUAAAUAGCAAAUUUUAGAUGAGUAGUCUCAGUCCAACCCUUUAAUAGGGAAAAACAAAACAAAACAAUAAUUAAAGAAGUGGUUUGCUUAAGCCAUUGUACAUUAUAAAGAGUUUGUUCUUUUUUUAAGCUGCAUUCGGAGCCACACGGGAAUAGGAAACGGAUAAUGUUGGAUUCUGGUCUUAUGUAUAGCUAAAAUGAAUGUAUCGCCUUAAUCAAUAUCUCAGCUGUAGGCAUUUUGUCAAUAGUGAUACCAAAACAGACUGAAUUGUGGUAUUGUAAAUAAAGUUUUGUUCUAAAAAUGA